GUAAUUGCUUGUGAACAACAAUAUGACUAUUCUUAUGAUGCCCGUUGUGAUGUGUGGUCUCUUGGAAUCACGGCUAUUGAACUUGGUGACGGAGAUCCACCUUUGUUUGACAUGCAUCCUGUGAAGACCCUGUUCAAAAUCCCAAGGAAUCCCCCUCCAACGCUGUUCCAACCAGGAAAUUGGUCCAGAGGAUUCAACCACUUCAUUUCUCAGUGUCUAAUUAAGGAUUUUGAAAAACGUCCAUCAGUCACGCAUCUUUUAGAACAUCCCUUCAUCCGACAGGCCCAUGGUAAAGAUAUGGCACUCCAAAAGCAGUUGAGCUACCUGAUCCAGGCACAACAACAAUUGGGCGCUGUGGCCAAGAUAAGGCAUGAACAAAUGCACAUUCGCAGACAAUAUCACAUUGAUGCUUCUGACAAAUAUUCUCCAGAUGAUGAUCUGGUAAACCUUGAAAUUUUGGAUGAGGAUACAAUUAUUUAUCAGCUGAAGAAGCGAUAUGGAGAUUUACAAAUUUAUACUUAUGUUGGAGAUAUUUUAAUAGCAUUAAACCCUUUCCAAAAUCUCUGUAUAUAUUCUCCACAGUUUUCCAAGCUUUAUCAUGGUGUGAAGCGUUCCUCCAACCCACCCCACAUAUUUGCAACCGCAGAUGCUGCUUACCAAGGCAUGAUUACUUUUAAUAAAGACCAGUCUUUGGCUGUAGUGUCAGUUGAAAAGCCUUCCAGCUGUAGCAUUCUUGGCAAGAGUCUUUCAGAUUGA